CAGAGUUGUUUUGAUCAAAUUCUAAAUAUUUAUCAUAAACGGAAACCGCAUGAGAUAGGAAAGUAAGGCGAAUUUCGGAUAAACCAUGGAACUCGGCAGUAAAUUCGUGUACUUUAGUUCCGGCGACGAGGACGAGGAAAUAGUCUACGGGAACGCGUCGUCGGAAUCCGAGGCAGAAGCUGACGACGGCGAGACAUGUCUGCUGGACAUCUUAGACACUGCGGGCCAGGAGGAAUACUCGGCCCUCCGCGACCAGUACACACGUACCGGCGACUGUUUUCUCCUCAUUUACAGCGUCACCGACACCACCUCCUUCCAGCAGGUCGAGGCGCUAUACGACUUUCUCAAGCGCGUCAAGGACACAGAACAGCUGGCAGCGGUUCUUAUUGGAAAUAAGACUGACCUCGAGGCGGACAGGAAAAUAACUACUCAGGAAGGGGCGGACCUGGCCACCAGACUCGGCGUCCCAUUCAUCGAGACUUCCGCGAAGACCGGCGACAAUAUCAUCAAGGCGUUUGAGACGGUUAUCAGACAAACGCCAAGGCAUGGUAUGGAGUACAAGGUGGUAAUCCUGGGGUCGGGUGGUGUUGGCAAGUCAAGCGUCACGAUCCGCUAUGUCAGUAACCAAUUUGUCGACUCGUACGACCCGACAAUAGAAGACUCGUAUCGGAAGCAUGUGCGCAUUUCUGGAAUACCCGACGACAUGAAGAAUGCACCAAAACAGAAGAAGAAGAAAUGGCCCAAGAAAAGCGCAGCCGGUGGUUUUCGUCUUUCAUUGAAGAAAAGGGGAUCGCGAAAAUCUGCCGGCCGGCCCAAGAGUUCUGGCGGACUUUUUGGGAGCAUCAAGAAUGCCCUUGGUUUCGGUGGAAAAGGUGCAAGCGGGGAGCCCAUGGCCCAACAGGCGGCGCCCGAUCUUAACGAGGCAUUGGAUUACGACUCAGACGAUGAGAGCCCGUCCAGAUCAUCUGGCGUGAAGCAGCGGAAGAAGGUGCGAAAGGCAGACGCCAACGUGCUUUUGCUUAAGAUGGAUAUAUUGGAGGAAGAGCCGCGUGUCGUCACAGGCGACCCCAUCCACUGCGCCGGAUGUGACGCAAUACUAUCCGCAAUUUCCGUUAUAGAGAAACCAGAGGGUGCGGACCAUUCGUCAUGGGUUUGUGAGUUUUGCGAUCAUAAGAAUGAGAACUUGGACAUCAGCCCUGACGAGGUUCCGCGCGGGGAGAGUUUCGACUUCGUGCUCGUACCGGCACGUGAGGAGGGGGAUUCGCCGGCCGAGGAGGCGGCGACAGGGGAGACAAACCCUGAAAAGAAGGCGGAGAGUAAGGGGAUGGUGGUCUACUGUAUGGACAUUAGCGGUUCCAUGAGCUGCAUGGUCCGCCUUCCGGAACUUCAAGCCCAAUGGAGGAACGCCCGCGACCGCCGAGAGCACACGGACAACUCAGUAUCCCGGCUUAAGGCCAUCAAGGACGCCGCUAGAAGGCAGCUGGAGCGCUUGAAGAUCGAGUAUCCGAAUAAGCAGGUUGCCCUGGUAACAUUCGGCUCCACCGUGUACCUGUGGGGAGAUUGCCAUGACGACCGGCCUGCCAAGUCUUUCUCCGAUUCCGUCAUCCUCAAUGACUAUGACCGCCUGGUCGCCGCCGGCCGCGAGUACGCAACAACAAUGGAGGUCUCCGGUCUUGAAACCACUUUCGAUAAUCUUGAAACUAAAAUUGACCGACUUCGGACUGAGGGAUGCACGGCGCUUGGCCCCGCCCUGGCGAUUAGCGCAGGCAUCAUCGCCGGCUGCCCCACGUCGGAAGUAGUCCUCUGUACCGAUGGCGAACCGAACACGGGCGUCGGAAACCUCGACGAACCAAACGGAGAACUUUUUUACAAAAAGAUCGGUGAGUUUGCGCGAAGCAACAACACGCGGCUUUCUAUUCUGGCGGUGGACGGACAGGAAACGGGACUGCGGAACGUGCAGGAGUGUGCCAUCACUUCCGGCGGGACUGUGAACGUGCUCAACCCGCUGGAGAUGAUGCGCCAGCUGCGGCUGAUUGCCCAGAACUACACGGUGGCGACGGCUGUUGACGUAACCGUCAUUUUACACCCGGAUCUCGUAUUUGAUGAGCCUGGGUACCAACAGGCGAGUAACCGGCUGGUGAAGGAGGUGGGAAAUGCGGCCAAGGAGACCGACCUCACUUUCCGAUACAAGCCCAAAGACUCGAAAAACAAAACCAAGAAAAAAGCCAUACCAUUCCAGGUGCAAAUCUCUUACACAUUGAAGAGCGGGAUGCGGUGUAUGCGCGUGCUCAGUAAAUCCCACGAGGUCACCCAGGACCGGAAACAGAUGGAGGAGGGCGUCAACGUAGCGGUGGUUGGCAUCGCCGCCGUCCAGAAGACAGCGGUCAUGGCGAGCAAGGGCAACGCGAAAACGGCACAGGAGCACAUGCGGAGCGUACAGAAGAUGUUGAAGCGAGGGGCGAAAAAUCCCACCCAGAUGGAGGAGCGACUGGCCUUUAAGACAGAGUCGGACGGGCUCAGAAGUGAGAUAAGGAAAGCGACCGUGUCGGAUUCCCACGUGCUUACCGACCGCGCGACCCAUGUGUACCAACGCAGUAGGAUGUCUACAUGCUCCUACUUCUCCGCGGCUACCAGCAAUCACACGCGACACAGGAUCGCAUCACUGAACACUGCAACCGAGGCUCAGAGAGAACAAUAUUAUCAUUUCGAAUCAUAAAUACUAUAGCAAGUACACUUGGUACUCAUAUAAUGGACACAUUAUUUAAAUAGGCCUUUUUGGUGAAUUUUGGCGAAAUGGUCGUUUGAAUGCAAUGUUUGCAUGGCGUUUUGGCGCUUUCCAUAAUCUACAGCCUCAUUGGAAUACACAUGUUUUUAAUUAUGUUAUAAUGAGAGAUAAGAUUGCAAGUUUUGUUUUUUACACGCGGACGAUGUAGGACCGAUGAUGUCAUGAUGGCUCUAUCUAACAUAUAAUAUAUGUCUCAAACUGUAUUAAUAUGAUUUCAUGACAGGCAUUGUUUUGUUAGUGUUUUACAACGUUUUUAAAUCCCCUCACUAUAUGUAUAUAUAAGUGUUGGUGGUGUAUAUACUCCAUACAUAUAUAUGUACUUCCCAUAAAGCACACAUUCGUAAAACCAUGCAGCUUAAAGCUUAAAGAUAUUAUACACUUAUUCUGAAUUUAUAGGUUGAAUGUUUUCUAAAGUAUGUACUAUCGUAAAAAAGGCACACUGAUCAUGUUAACUAGUGUUAAACAGAUGUUUAUUAUUUAGGUAUCCGGUUGCAAAUUAUGUGAAUUCAGGAUGUCUGGUGGCCCCAUAUGUAUGGUAUGUCUGGUGGCCCCAUAGUAUGGUAUGGCUGGUGACCCCAUAUGUAUGGUAUGUCUGGUGGCCCCAUAUGUAUGGUAUGUCUGGUGGCCCCAUAUGUAUGGUAUGUCUGGUGGCCCCAUAUUUAUGGUAUGGCUGGUGGCCCCAUAUUUAUGGUAUGGCUGGUGACCCCAUAUUUAUGGUAUGGCUGGUGGCCCCAUAUUUAUGGUAUGGCUGGUGGCUCCAUAUUUAUGGUAUGGUUUGGACGGGUUUCAUGACCAGAAUGAGAAUGUGUAAAAUCAAACAGUAACAAAUUGCUAUGGAAACACGACAUUUUUGCCUUGGGAGAUAACAAAACAGGCCAUUUCACAAUUUAAUGUGAUUUAAUAAACAAAAAAACUGCAUUAACUUUAUAAUAUGAUUCAUAAACAUUAUUUUUUACAAACCUUUUAUCAGAAUGCAAUUCCCUUACGAUACCAAACUUAUUUGGGCUCACCCGGCACCAACAUUUAACAUUAUUGCUGAUUACUCAAAACAAUAGCAAGCUUGAUUGUACCUCGGGUACCUUAGAACUGGCUCAUUUAGUAAGAAUACCCUUAUGAAUAAAACGUGCGUAGAAAUGGCAAAUGAAUUCGACUCAUCCAAUCAUUUAAAACCAUUUCACCUAGAUAUUUAACAUUUGCAGUUCCAUUUUUCAGCCAGUUUGUGAUACACGCUUGAUCGUUUUGUAAAUAUGAACAUUUCUUCGCCUAUCAUUCAUUCAUAAAACGUAUAUUUUAUAUGAACUAUUAUUAUUUAAUAAAUAUACGUUUUAUCAGUAAUGUGCUAAUAUCCGUAGAGGAUUGUUGUGACCGACAUUUAACUAUUUGGCACAUGUAUUGCAUUUGUAACGGUUUUUAAAAGAGAACUUAUUAAUGCCAAAAUACACUGAUGGAAUGUAUAUGUGAUAUUUAUUCAUGACUUUACACGCUCUUUUUUGCUACCAGUUACUUGUUAUCAAAGCAAUGUUACUUAUGUUUUUUUUAAAUAGAUGAUUUUUCAUUGUUUGUAAAUAUAUUCAAAUCAUAAUUAUUCUUGGAAUAAAUUUUGUACAGACA